AUGUCCUGUCGUCCAAACUUGACAGUGACAAAGCCUUCCAAGCCAAUUGGAAAAUAUGAAUUAGCACAUAUCCCUUGGCUUCUUUGUAGAGUUACCUGGGGCCCCAGUCUGGAUGCUCACCUGAAUCUGCGUGCCAUACAACGGAUGGCAGACCCCCAGCCCCGCUUGAACCCUACUGCGGCAGAGACCAAGGUUCUACGCAGUGUAAGGCUGAGCCCCCCCCGCACCCUGGACUUCCUUCCAACUUUACUUACACGUGUGUUUGGCGAAACUUCCCUUCUUCUGGAGUCACUUGCACCCGGAACUGUCUACAUAGUGAAAGUGCAGUCAAUGCUCUUGAGAGGUUCCCAACAGGAAACCUUCAGAGUACCGCAGCUGCGUUCCGGCAAUUCAGCCCUAUCCCACGGACAGGACCGUACACGCUCCAUGCCCAGCGGGCGACAGCAGCUGAAGGAUGAUAACAGUUUCCCCGCCUCCUUACAGGUCAGCGAGGAGGCUUACAUGUACAUACAGACACCCACCCUGUCAGAAGGCCGUCUGGGCAGUCUGCGGAACGCGGCUGCUAGCCCACGGGUUUCUACUUGGAUUCUGAGCCUUUUGUUCCUCCUCGUUGGCGGUGUGGCAGAUUAUACCGCCUUGCGCGUGCAUAUCACCUUUGACACUUUCUGUGCCUCUGGCUUCUUUAAAAAAAUCCUGCGUCCCCCAAAGCUCUGCUGA